AUGCUAUUUGCUUGGUGGAGGAGGCUGCCACGAGAGAGGCGCAAUGUAUGGAUGAUUAUUGGUUGUGGGGUUGUUGGGGUAUCUGCUGCCAAGACUGGCUACUAUCACGUCACGAGGAAUCUCUUGGUGCAACAAAGCGACCGUCGCCACAAAGAGGCGGUCGAAAAGUUAAAGGAAUCCUAUGAGUUUGCGGAUUGGUCUCAUCGAGAACGAGAAAGGCAGCUCCCCGAACUCACACCAGACCAACGGCGACAAAUGAACAAAUUUCUAAACUUGAUGAUGGAACACGAAAUGAACAAGUACAUUCCGGAUGACAAGCGCAGGGCUCCAACGCCAAAGCCCUCCGAGUAA